AUACAGAGAGAAACUCGUAACGUCAUAUUUGGAAACCAGAGGCUCUCCUUCUCUCUGCUCACUACAGUCGCCUAUUCCCAAAAAAAAAUAAAAAACCAUAAAUAUCCCGCUUCCAGCUCUUGGAGUAGAAGCUUGAACCCCCCUCUCGGCUCGGUCUCGCUUUUUCUUUCUUUCUCUUUAGCUUACUGUAUUUUACACAGAAAACCCAUUUACAAUAUUCUUGUUUCUUUCUUUAAUGGCGGAGUUUCCUCCGAAUUUGGAUGAUGGGGAACUUUGGCUUCCGUCUGAUAUUUUCCUCAAUGAAGUUCCCUCAAAAUACAGUCCUUAUCGGCUCUCUUGCAUGGAGAAUCUUGCUGACCAUUUCGCUGCUCUUUCUUUGCUCCACAAUCACUUAUCUUCAACUCCUUCAAGACUCCCUCCAAAACCGCCACUCAACUCCCAGAAGGUUAAAAUGGCGGUUCGGGAUGUAUCGGUGAGCUGCUUGCCACCUGGGUACCUUGGUUUCAAUGGCGGUGCUGAACUCGGUCAUAGACUUUUUGGAUACGGAACUGCAUCCCUUUUGGCUCGGUCUGAACCGUUUUAUGAGUUUCAAGUACAGCCACAGGUUGGUAGCUACAUGGAAGCAAGUCCCAGGGUUUUGCAGAGGCAGCGAAACCCUCUCCAGAAUCGGCUUGAUCCGUUUCAAGGAAGUGGGUUUGCAUUAAGAGGAGGAGGAGGUGGUAUUGUGAGAGAAUCUGGGGGUACUGGUGUUUUCCAUCCUCGCAUUGUGAACCCCACAACCGCCUCUCCUGCUACCACUGAUUUUAAAAGGAAGCAAGGUGUGAGAAGUAGACAAGAGAUUCAAGUAACCCAACAGAGGAAUUCCAUGAGAAGGCUAGGGGGGGUUACCAAGCAGGUGGGUUGCUACUGUCAUCUUCCUACAGAGAUGGGAUUGCCUCAGGAUUGGACUUAUUGAGCUUCUCUUCUCCAAUUAUAGUUGUAGAAAGUGGUCAAGAAAGAUAAUAAUAGAAUAAGACCUGUAGGAGAAGAACAGAAGAUUAAAUAAUCUUGAAGAGUUGUCUGCAGUGUGGCUAAAGAAAUAGUUGUUAGUUGAAAGAUAUGUUUUAGUAUGUGUAUGCUACCAAUUACCAAAGCAGAAAAUAGAAACUUGUUUAUGCAAGUUGCUAAGCUUUGUAGAAAUAAAUAAAUGUGUGGUUAGGUCUUGGUUUUGAACUCAAUUACUAUGUGACUAUAUCUUGGUUGGAAAUGAAGUCAAUUGCUAUA